CGAUCCUCAGGAACACCGACACCGACACCGACACCGAAGCUACAGCAUCUGCGUUGGCUUCUUGUCAGCCUUAGCAGCAGCGGUCAUGCAGUCCAUGCCAUUGCUGCUCAGGCAGUCAAUUCGGUCCAGCUUCAACAAUCUCACCCGCACCUCCUCCCGCCCGGUGCGAAGACCGCUACUGCCCGCCGGUGUCCCGCAGGCUCUUUACCGUGGCAGAGACACACCUCGGAACUUCUCGAUCUGCCUGCAAUGUCAAAUCCGGUCGCAGAGCUCCCUGUACGCCUCGAAUGAAGACCUGGAGAAGAAACAAGAUGUGAUCAUCCUUGGAGCCCCUCCCGCCAAAGACACGCCGCCGGCACCGUCGCCGUCAAGUAUCCCUGACCAGAACCCGCAUACUGAGUCGGAUGCGGGGAGAGACACUCCCGCCGCUGUCCCUGGGGAAGACCAAGCGUCAGCGACAGCUCCCCCCGAAGCUGCAGAGCAAGAAGCAAAGAAGGACGGUGGUGAUGCAGACGCUGCGGGUUCCGCAUCGCAACCCGGAGGCCUUCCAUCCUACCUGGAGAAUCGACGGUCGCAGUUCGCCAAACAGUUCAGCACUGUAAUGGACAACCUUCAAUCGAACAUUUUCGUGGCCGGCCAGCGAUUGAACGAUCUAACAGGCUACUCCGCGAUUGAGGCUCUGAAGAAGGACAUUCAAUUCCAAGAGGAACGACUCCGAGCUGCCCGCCACCGAGUCCGCACCGCCAAGGACGCCUAUGCCGCCGCAAUCAAUGAACGAUCGACCUCUCAGCGCGAGGUCAACGAGCUCCUGCAGCGCAAGCAUGCCUGGUCGGCCGCCGACCUGGAACGGUUCACCCACCUCUACCGCAACGAUCAUACCAACGAAGUGGCCGAGAACGAAGCGCAGCAGGCCCUGACCGAGGCUGAGCGCGAGGCCGAAGAAGCCGCCGCCCAACUGAACAAGAGCAUCCUGUCGCGUUACCACGAGGAGCAGGUCUGGUCGGACAAGAUCCGCCGGAUGAGCACCUGGGGCACCUGGGGCCUGAUGGGCGUCAAUGUGCUGCUAUUCCUGAUCUUCCAGAUCGCCGUAGAACCCUGGCGUCGUAAGCGGCUGGUCAAGGGCUUCGAGGAGAAGGUCAUUGAGGCCAUCGAGAAGGAAAAGACCCUGAACCAGGCGCAGAUCCUGAACCUGCAGACCGAGUUCUCCCAGCAGGUCGCAUUGGCCAACAAAGCCUUGCCCGAACGCGAGGCUGCUGCAGCUCUCACCGCAGCCUCUGAAGCCGCAACCCCAGCAGUUGCCCCCGAGGACCCCGUCACCAUGGCCGCUGCCGCCAGCGAAGCUAUCCCGCACGAGCAGGAUGCACCCGUGCCCGCUUCGGUAACGCCUGAGCCCGUCGAAACCCAAGCUACCCCAACAGCCGCCACUCCUUUCCCCUCAAACAACAAACUCGAAAACGUCCUCCAGAGCUGCAAGAUUCACUACUCGCGCAUCCCUCCCUACGCUACCAUCAUCGAAUCCUCGCGGCGCUAUCUUCGAGACCUCUUCAGUGACCGCCAGAUCACCAUGACCCAGCGGGACCACUCGAUCCUUGCUAUCCAGAGCGCUGCCGCUGGUGCGGCUGUCGUUGGGUUGCUGGCGUUCUUCAUCCGGCCCCAAUGAGGGACAGGCUCUGUAAAGGCCAUUAUGCGGAGUUGCAACUGUGCCGAAAGGACGCCUUUCUGUGUAUCUUGUGUAAUAAAGCAGCGAUCUGUUUGAGAGGUUCAGCGUCCCUGUAUGUAUUUGUAUAAAGAUCCUUAAGACAUAAAUAAAGCGAUGAGCAUGUUUGAUUAUUUUGGACCUCUUGAGUAUUACAUGAUUCUGAGGGGGCUUGAUAAU